UUGAGAUUCACGAUGCUCUCAUAACACUUAGUGAAAAUGUUUCAUCAGAUGCUGCUAUUAGACAUGAGGCUCAAACAUUAGCAACACAAAUAUGUGACUUCGAGUUCAUAGUCACUCUCGUAAUUUGCUACGACAUUUUACAUCAAGUGAAUAUUGUGAGCAAAAGUAUGCAAUCUAUUAAUAUGGACUUAAACUCUGCUGUAACACUAUUAGAUUCGUGUAUUAAUUAUAUUCGAAAGUAUCGAGUUUCUGGAUUCGAAAGAACAUUAGUAGAUGCUAAACAACUAGCUGAAAACCUUGACGUAGAUGCUGUUUUUGUAGAUAAAAGAGUUCGAAGAAAAAAGCGUGCAAUUAUGUACGAGACACCAGAUGAGAUAAUGACUGAUCCACAUGAACGUUUUAAAAUAUGCGUUUUUAAUGUAAUAUUGGAUAAAGCAGAUGUUUCGUUAAACGAACGAUUUAAACAGCUAAAAUUUUUCGAAGAAACUUGGGGGUUUUUAUUUAAAUUAAAAGAUUUGCCGAUAGUCAGUGAGUUGGAGAAAUUGUGUCAAAAUUUGGAAACACAGUUAAGCGAUGAUACAGACCAAGAUAUAAACGGUAAGGAGUUAUGUGUGGAACUACAGUCGGUAAGUUCCUUAUUUCCCAAAGACGUGAAUACUCCACUGGAAACAUUAAAUUUCAUUCGUAAAAAUAAUCUGGAAAAUACACUACCGAAUGUAUGGAUAGCAUUGAGGAUUUUACUGACAAUUCCUAUAACAGUUGCUAGUGGGGAACGUAGCUUCAGUAAAUUAAAACUCAUAAAAACAUAUUUACGAUCUUCCAUGACUCAGGAACGAUUGAAUUCAUUGGCAUUAUUAUCAAUCGAAAAUGAAUUGAUAAGCGAAGUAGAUAUUAGUAAUAAAGUGAAGGAAUUCGCUGACAUGAAG